GUGAUUUCCGAUGUUCUACAUGUUGUUUCGAUCUUCACAGUUCGAAGAAGGAAACGUGAUGGCGAAGGACAGCAACGUGGCGACCAAGUCCAAGGACCCGCUCCACAGCUCAUGGCGCAAGCACAUGCCAGACGGAGACUGGAUCCCUGACGUAUCUGUCAUGGCGUGCAUGGCCUGCAAGGGCGAGUUCAGUUUCUGGAACCGAAAGCACCACUGCCGUCGAUGUGGUGCUGUGGUGUGCGACUCGUGCUCGACCAGCCGCACGACCCAUAUCCAUCGCGACAUCACCGAGACCAGCGAAGAGAGCGCUCGUGUGUGCGAUCCGUGCAUUCAAGUGAUCGACGAGUACAUUGCGACGGGACUUACCAAGCGCUUUGGUGGCCAAGCUUCACGUGACAACAACGACGACCACGAGGAGGACCAUCACCCCAACGCGUACUUUACGCCUCAAAAGGUGGAGCGGAAUGGACGCGCAGUCAUGACCAUGGGAAGAUACAGAGCGGAAAUCAAGGAGAGCGAAGGGAACCGCUACAUUCGAGACAACGACUUGUAAUGAAAAUGAGCAUUGGAGUUGAAUAUAAGUAGUUUUAUGCCUUGGGAAGUCUCCAAAUGAACUGGCCCAGAGUUGCUUUAAACCAGGCUUCCGAAAUAAUAUAUUUAUUGCGACUAUCUAAAAUGGCGCCUCGAUCAAGAUAUUCGACGAUAAUAUAAAUAAUUGUUUGCUAAUGCAAAAUAUCGAUAAU